UGCCGUCGCGUGAACUCGCGACGUUGCCCGCGAAUAACACCGCAAACUAACACGAUCGCUGCUUUUUGUUUAUUUUCGCGUCAUUCCGUUGCCGCACCGAGGGACGCGGAUGGAUCAAGCCAGAAAAGAUUGGUGCAGGCCGCGCGGAUAACAUCGGCUUGCCGUCGGCGUCGCCUCAAGAGCCGAAACCGACAGCUAAACCAAAUAAACAAGGAAAAACCACGAAAUCGACAAACCAAAGCCUCCAGUCAUAUCUUUCGUUUCAAAAAUUUAAUAUAAGCACUAUUUUUUAACCUUUUAAAAUUACGCGAAUAGUAUACGCUAACUCCCAAACAGUACAAAUUAAUUUAAGUCUGAAGUGAUCGGUAUUUACAAUAAAAAAGCCUUGAAGAAUUUUUUAAGAGAAAUUAUCAACGACCAGUAUUUAAACGUUCCAAAAUAAAUCGUUAAACGAGUGCACAAAAUAUUUUAUCGUUAGUUAAAAAUUGUAAUCGAAAUAAUUCCUCGAGCGUUUUCUAAAUCAGCCAAAGAUUUUAUAAGCAUCUAGACCUAAGACCUAAGUUAACUCUUUAAGGACUUUAUUUAUUUAGUGAGAAACAUUGUGAUUAGUGUUAGUGUCAACCGGUGUGCCGUAUAAUCGUAACUUAAGUGCUAUUUAGUUAUAUCUCGGACAUAACAGAUCAAAAAGUACAAAUAAAGAAGUUCCAGUGCAGUUCCGUGUUCAGUUAUAGACUUAGUAGAUUUAUUUUGUAAAGAAUAGAAAGAGGACGCGAUGAAGUUACGCAGUAACACGUCAUGAGCGAGGCCCUGAGGAGUGAGGCAGGCGCGGACAGCGCGCAUCUGCCGCCUUUUUCGACCUUCGGCGAAAUGGCGGAGAACGAGCAAAGGAUCCUCACCGCAGACACGCGGUUGCUGGACCCGGCUUGGGAAUACUACGAACGCACUGGUGACACUGUUUCGGUCAUAGCCAGCCAGCCGCAAUAUCGGCCCUGGGAGUCCAUGCCUAUCACCGUCAAUGCGAAGGAUGCGAUACUACGUGCAGGAUUCUCAGGUCCACUAGAAUACCAGUCGGUGACACUGCAACCCAUUCCAAAUAAGCUACCGUCCUUCCAAAGCCAGUUCCAAACGUUUCCAGAAACGACAGUCAUUCCAGAGACAGGGCUACCGAGCGUCACGCCCGUGCCGGUCACAUCGAGUCCUACUCCAAGCGCGAGUCCUAGUCACUUAACCCAGCUCACGCAACUCACAACACCCUCGUCUCCUGCGCAUCUGACCACGCUGGCGCAAGUCACACCAUUGUCCACUACGUUGACGACCUUAUCACCGGUCAAUGCUACAACAUUCCAUACUCUAACAGCAGUAAAUGCAAGAAGCUAUCCCAUCGUUCCUGCUCCUAUACAAGCCAGAGAACUAGCACCUGCUCAAACGUACAUCGAUGAUCGUCAUAUACAGUUAUACCAACCAAAUAUUGCGACAAUUAACGCAUUUCCAACACAGAAUGGUAUCUUGCACCAAAAUGGGGCUCUUCUUCAACAAAAUGGAAGCAUCAUACACAACAUUCAGAGUCCCACAGUUGUGCAUGUGUUAAAAAAUGAACCAUUUGAUGUCAAGGCACUUCAAGAUAAAUACACGCCGAAUGGGUUACACCAUAGUAAUUUCCAGAAUCCAAUGUUAAUAGACAAUGGAUAUGAGAAGAAGAAUAAUGGUUUCAUAAGUGCAUCGUCACCAACCCGAUCUGACUUCCGAAAGAAGGAGAGGCGGAAAAUGCGAGCGAACAGCUCAGAAUCAGAUGGGUCUAACAUGGAAAUGGCUGAGAGCAGUGGGCAGGUGGCCGCGGUGUCCUCCACAGCUGGCUUUAAGUCACCAAUGCACGGGGCUCCACCCAUGACAUCUGGACCCAUGGAUCUUGAUGAUAUUUCAAGUGAAAAACAGUGCUUCCCGUCACAGACAAAGAAGAAGAGAAAACGAUGCGGCGAAUGUAUAGGCUGCCAAAGAAAAGACAACUGUGGCGACUGCGCACCCUGUCGGAAUGACAAGUCUCAUCAAAUCUGCAAGCAGAGAAGAUGCGAGAAGUUAACAGAGAAGAAGCUUAUUUUGGCGCCGGAUGGGACCCUGCAGACAGUGAAAAGCGAGUCUCGACGCGGCCGCGGCAGAGGGCGCUCAUCUACAACACCUGUCUUGCAAGACAUAAAGGUCUUUUGUCCACAGAGCUACCGGGGACGCAAGCCCCUGGGCGGUACAGUCGUAGCACCAGUGGGACUCAGUCCGGGCCCCGCAGCACAGUCCCCGGGACCUGCUCCAGCCGCGCCAAGUCCCGCCCCAGCCACCACACCAGCCAUGAAGCAGGAGCAUCCGAGCCAGCCUAUGGCACCAAUGCCAUUCUACGCCGGUGACCCAAACAGGUUUCCCACAACAUGGCAAACGGAUCCCUCUCAAGGUUGGCAGAACCAGUUCAUCCAGCAAUUACCAACGCAAACUGGCCAAACUACACUGGACUACCAGGGCAACCAUACGCCGUACGCAACGUCGCCGCAUUACCAGGCUAACACCACCUAUACCGUCCAGAAUGUUGCUACCACGUUCGACGUUACGAGUAAUACAUACUACCAGACAGGAGUGCAAGCGUUGCCCACGCCUAGGCCGCCCUCAAAUCGCGGCGCCUACACUCCCGUCCCGUCACCAAGAGCUCCUCAUUAUACAACUGAGUACCAACAGCAAUACGCCCAGCAAGCCCCGACAACAGGUGUUACGACGGGAAACGAAUCUAGGCCGGCGUCUGCUGCAUCUUAUCAAAGUGCAGUACCGACGACGGCCGCGCCCGUUUACACAGUCAGCCAACAAAACUACGAGCGGUCUGAAUACUCGUCAGAACACUCGGAAGAUUAUAACAAUGGUGGCGAUAAUACAACAAACGACUCUAACAAUGAGGGAGACAGACAAGAGCAAAGUUCCCAGAAUGGACAGCAUUCGGGAAACGCCGAGCCUGGAUACCUGCAGGGGAGCAACGGUCCGCGAGCUUCACUCGAUUGUAGCGGGUAUUCGGGCGGCUACACUAGCGGGCAGCAUAAUGAAAAUAGUCAGACACAAAAUCAAAAUGAUUGGCAACAACAACAACGCCAAUGGCACAACCAAAGGUUACAGAAUCAGCAACAAAUCAGCCAAAUUCAAAGCCAACAGCAACAAUUACAAAAUCAAAUCAACUAUCAAAAUCAACAGAUACAAAACCAACAAAUGCAAAAUCAACAAUUACAAAACCAACAGAUUCAAAAUCAGCAAAUUCAAAAUCAGCAAAUGCAGAAUCAGCAAAUGCAAAAUCAGCAAAUGCAAAAUCAGCAAAUGCAAAGUCAGCAAAUGCAGCAACAGAGGCAAGAAGAAGCUGAGCAGCAGAUGUUUUCGCAAUCAGACAGGGUUAAUUUAAACUCGAGACUGAAAACUAUGAUAUUAAAUAAGCAAAAUCAUACGCGAGACGGUACGAAUACGCCACCCGAUAAAGGGGACCCCGGAGAGGGGCCGCCUCGAGGAAUAGACGAUAGAAAGGGCUGCGUAUCUAUCGCGGAUGAUAGAAAUACUACCGGUCAUUUUUUAUCGUAUAGCCACCAUCUCCGAGGUAAUUACCACAUAGGCGACCAGGUUUAUCCUGUCGCUGGUAAUUAUUCACAAAACACCCACAGUUAUAGAACGGGUGAAUUCGGAGGUGGUGGCCACCACGUAUGGGAGGGGGGGACGCAAGUCCCGAGAGAUUAUAAUAAGCACAAUUCGUCAGAAAACACACUCAAAGCUCCUCAAAAGUUGCCGUCGUAUUCUGACAUGAGAAGCCAAUUUAAUAGUUAUACGAAUGUACAUUAUGAUGCGCAAAAAUACACAGAAAUGUAUGGUAGUGAUAACGUUAGUUUUAGUCAGCAGCAGGAUAACAAAGACUUUCAAUCGAAAAUGCUCAUAGGACCAGUGUCGGUGAUGAACCAGCAAAAUUGCGCUCCAACGCAAGACGCAAACGCACAAAAGAAAGCUUUCGAUAGGGAGGCAUAUGAUGCGAAAUUUAAACAUCCAUCCGCACCGUUAAUUCCCAAAUUAGAAACUCCCGAUACUUAUCAGUAUCAGAAAGAAGAAAGAGUGAAGGUGGAGCCUCAGAGGAAUCACGCUCCUCAAAUUAAGAAUGUGAUUCCUCAUCACAAUAAGUUAGAUCCUCAACGAGAUUAUCAAAAUGGUAUGAUACAAAAGCAAAACGUCCUGCCACCUAUCUCUACAAUCAAGCAUGAGACGUUCGUUCAAAAACCACAAAACUAUCAACAAUUCCAAAAUUAUCCCAACGAUAGAAGGCAGGAGACAAUUGAGAAAUAUGCACAAAUCCCACGUCCACAUGAAAACAGUGGUUUUCAGCGAUACCACAGAGGUCUAGAAAAUAAAGUCACCAAAGAUGAUAGACGAAAUCUUGGCAUAUGUGAAGAAACAAAACCACCAUUUUACAUAGAACAAAUUAAAUCUGAACAUUCUCCACCGGGACACAAAAUAUAUAAAAAUAUUAACUUUGGUCCACCGCGGAGUGAACCGUACAUGUUCGCUGGAGAUGGUGGACCAGUUGCCAUCAGAAGUGAAGUGGGAUACUCGUGCUGUAGACAAGGAUCGACCAAGAAACCACCACCGGAGCACCUCAGAGACGGUGCAUGCCCGGGACUCCAAACCAAGGAUGAAGUUCUAGAAGGAGAGCCAGAUGCUGCGGAAAAGACAGACCCAAAAACUCCAUCGAAGCCUAGCACGCCAACACCAGACCUGUACUCUAAAAAUCCGAAAGAGAAUCAGUUUAAUUACUCAAAAGAAUAUCUUGAGAAUUUAGAAAGAUUACGAAAUAACUCAAGAACAGAGGUUCCAGAUUGCAAUUGCUUUCCAGCUGAUAAGAAUCCACCGGAACCUGGAAGUUACUACACUCAUUUAGGAGCAGCAACCUCGCUAGCAGAAUUAAGGAAAGAUCUUGAAGCCAGAACUGGAUUGUCAGGAAAGGAGUUGAGAAUAGAAAAGAUAUGCUAUACGGGAAAAGAGGGCAAAACUGGACAAGGCUGUCCCAUGGCCAAGUGGGUAAUAAGACGCGCAAAUUAUACCGAAAAAGUGCUUGUAGUGGUGAAAUUCCGAAACGGACAUAAAUGUCCAACAGCCUGGAUAGUUGUAUGCCUGGUCGCAUGGGAGGGGAUUCCCCAGUCAGAAGCUGAUUUAAAUUACACUCUAUUAUCCCAUAAGCUCAAUAGAUAUGGUCUGCCAACAACACGACGUUGUGCUACCAACGAAAAUAGGACUUGUGCUUGUCAAGGCUUAGACCCUGAAGCGUGCGGUGCGUCCUACAGUUUCGGCUGCUCCUGGUCCAUGUACUACAAUGGAUGCAAAUACGCCCGUUCGAAAACUGUCCGAAAGUUCAGACUCUCGGUCAAAACUGAGGAGAGCGAGAUUGAGGAACGUAUGCACGUUUUGGCCACACUUUUGAGUCCGCUUUACAUGAAUUUAGCGCCCAAGUCAUUUGAAAACCAAUGCCAGUUUGAGAAGGAGGCUUCUGACUGUCGGUUAGGGUUCAAGCCUGGACGACCCUUUUCCGGUGUCACAGCGUGUAUCGACUUCUGUGCGCACGCGCAUCGCGAUUUACACAACAUGAAUAACGGUUGUACGGCUGUCGUUACACUCGCCAGACAUCGCGCACUAACUCCACCAAAUGAUGAGCAGUUACACGUUUUGCCCUUGUAUGUCCUUGAUUCAACUGAUGAGUUUGGCUCCAAGGAAGGCCAAGAUGAAAAAAUCAAAAACGGAGCUCUUCAAGUCCUUGAUAAAUAUCAAAUGGAAGUUCGUGUUCGAUCCGUUCCUCUUCAGCCGUGUAGACGUCACGGGAAGAAACGUAAGGACGAAGACAAUUCAGAUUCAAACUCCUCAGCUAACACUCCACAAGCAAGUCCCGGGAAUCAGAAGAAAUGCCCCACACCCGGACCCAAAACUCCACAACCGAAUGAUACCAGAAACAUCGCUAGUCCAAGAAGUCAGAACGCUUCGCCCCGAGCUAACACUCCAGCGGUAAACCAAACUUCAGCUUUUCAACCAAAUCCAAAUAAUUAUAAUUCUGCCUUUGUUAAUCCAAAUAUGCAUAACUCUAACCCUAAUCUUAUAAAUGCUAGUAUGAGUAACCCGGCCUUAUUGGACAUGGCUUCUAUGAUUGAUAACUUUACAGACGCACAAUUACAAAGCAAUCAGAUUUCUAGUACCGUAUUAGAUUCACCAUACAAUUCGUACGACCAGAGCUACAAUAUCCAUAAUCAAAAUAACAUGUAUAAUCCAAAUCCAUCGCCAAUCGUCGAUGCCACUUGUCAAAAUCACAAUCAAAAUCAGCUACCGAGUUUUGCAUCGGGAUUGCAGAAACGUGACCAAUUCAAUCCCACAAAUGUAACAGACAUGAGUGUUCAAAACCAGUGGCCGGAUUUCAAUAAUCCGGAAAUGUUUAGUAAUGCUGUCAAGGAAGAUCCAGAUUCCACAACUGCCCAUUUAAAUAUGACUCCUACUAAUUAUAGCCCAGAUUCUAAUAGAAGUGACCCAAAUAAUGACCAAAUUAAAAAUACACCAGAGCCCGAUAAACCUAACUUAAUCCGCGAUAUGUCACAAAAAAUGCCAGAUUUUGAUAUACCCAGAUCUCCCAGAGUCACAGAUAUAUCCCAGCCUCAAAACACACCAGAAUCACCAGUCCCGACACAAAUUGAUAUGAAAUCGCCCAAUAAUGAAUCACCAAAUUGUGACGCUCGCAAGGGUGUGUGGAGAUCUCCAGAGCACAGAAACUGGGAUCCAAUGAAACCAAAAGAUGGUGUAGAUGAAAAUGCUGUAUUCAGAGUUCCCAAAUCGCGACCUCCUUCGAGAUCCCAGGUCAAUCUUCCAGAAAAUAUUGAACAGUCUACGUUCUUAAAACCUUACCCCCCUUCUGAGAGACCUCAACUGACUCACGGCUAUGACCACAGAAGCCCUUACGACAGCCGGACAAACAAUCCCCAAACACCAACCACCCAGGGUAAUUUUACCAUAAGUCACGAAGAUCCCAAUCAAAACUCUGCUGCACUAAACAAGCAAGAACAAGUUCCUAGUAACUAUCCAGCCAACCAAAAUACAUAUGGAAAUCAAUCUCCAGUCCAAAAUUACAAUAACUAUCCCACCGUAGGAAAUGCGUACGCAUUUCCAUCAAACCCAUACGGCCAUUUUAGUCCUUAUGAAAACACAUAUAACGACUACAAUAGCAUAGCAUAUUAUAACGCAGAGAAGUAUAAAAGAGAAGAGUUAAUUAGGAACUCGCAUUGUUACAAUUCCUAUGGAUAUCAGUAUAAUCCCAACUUUCCUCCUAACUUUUACCAAAAUCCCAAUCCCAAUUGGUGUCAGUCUUCUCCUAAUUGGUGUGUGUAUCCGCCGCCAUUCUCUAUACCGUAUCCUCCUGAACCUCCUAAAGCAGAACCUAUUGGAGAGGUCACCGGGGUGUCUGACAAUCUUGAGUGUUUCAAAGAUAGUCAAAUGGGGGGUGUUGCUAUAGCAUUAGGUCAUGGAAGUGUGCUCUUUGAAUGCGCUAAACAUGAAAUGCAUUCCACUACUGCAGUAAAAAAUCCAAACAGAGCAAAUCCCACGCGAAUAUCUUUGGUCUUUUAUCAACACCGAAACUUGAAUAGACCCAAGCACGGUCUAGAAGAAUGGGAGGAGAAAAUGAGAUUAAAGAAAUUAGGUUUAAAUCCACCGACUCCUGGCACUCCCGCUCCAAAUUCUAACACUGUCUCCCGGGCCAGUACUCCAGGGCCUGAGAAACAGACUCCUGAGAAAUGGAAGAAUAAUGAGAACUAUAUACCAGGAGGGUAUAGUUCCCUGUCUGCCUUAGUGGAGGCGACAAAUGUGGCUAAAAGGAAAGGCCAAAUUAUGUUGAGGGCUGACACACAAACCACAAUGUCUUGGACCACUUUAUUCCCGAUGCAUCCCUGUACUGUGACAGGUCCAUACCAAGAAUCUGGCACCUGACGCAAGCCCGGCCCUUUGGGGCAAUGUUCUUCCAAACGUCGGAGUGAAAUCCCUUCCUUAGCUAUGUAAGGUGCCUUCAAUCAGGCCUCCUAGAGCCAAAGUGCUUUCCAGUCGUUUUGUAGUUCCUCAUUUUAUAGGAUUAAAAAUUCUCGAUUUUUCGACAGACUGGUCCAUUCGAGAUUCCUCUUCUGCAUUUACAUCGGAAUUGACUACCAUUUUGACGUAUUUUUUUGAAUUCAAGUGAGCUAUCAAUCAAAGAUAUAUUUUAGAUUUUAAUUGUGUUUAUCGCAUUUCAACUAGUCUUACUUUACUUUUAGAGUCGGAUCCUAUUGUUUAAGUCUGUAAUUGUAGUUUUUUUGUAUAUUCUUGUCGUGUUUAGUUUAACCGUUGUCACAAAUUAUGAAAUUAGUUUAAUGCUCUGUAUAAAAUGUGGUAAAAUAGAUUUGUCUGCAUAUUUUGUCGGUUUUAUUUAGGCGCAUUACGUGCGAUGCAAUGAUCUCAUACAAUUAAUUCAGAGCGAAAGUACAAACGUGCGAAGAGCCGAGCGAGGAGCUUCUGACGGUUCGUGAUUAUUUCUAUUUUUGUACCUUUGUCUAUGGUUAGUUACUUUUUUAAUUUCUACCAUUCCCUGCCGGCGACGGCCGUUUGCGUUAUUUUAGUGAUUUUAUUAGAAUCGAGUAUGUAUCACAGUUGAGUGCUUUUCUAUUAGGUUAAGUCGUGUGUAUUUUUAAAAGUUUUAGAAUAUUUAACUUAUUUGUAUUGUAUUACGUGAACCAUUAUGAAAUCAUUUUCUUUGUAAUAAUUUAGUGUUACUGUAGGUACUAUUUAAUAUAUUUGCUUUUACAUUAGCGUUUGUUUUUGCAUUUCAUGCCUUCUUUACUUUCGACUCUAGUGCCUGUCUGGCUUCAACCAGAAACGUUUUAUCGUGUUUAGAAUUAAAAAAACAUUUUUGAACUUUUAAAAUGUGACCUUAUUAAAUGGAUUACAUUGAAUGAACUUUUCUAAUUAGCGAUGAUGAAAUUUUAUGAAUUAGUCGUACAAUAAAGAUGUGUAAGAGACAUAAGUUUAUAUAAUAGUGUUUGCGAAAAAAUUCAGGCGCUUGGAAAGUUUAUAAAGUAGGCAUUAUAUUGAAAAUGAAACAAACUGAUGAAUUAAUAUAUAAUUAGGUUAAGGAAAGUUUGUUUUAAAGAUUAAACUAUUGAUAUAGUUUAUAUUUUUUACGUGUACGUAUUUAUUGAAUGGUAAAUUUAUUGGGACGAACGUGAAAUUAUUUAUAGGUUAAAAGUUUUGUGAGCAAAACUUAAAAACUAAGCAAUAAUAGACGUCGGGGUCUAUGUACAUUGUAAUGUAGGAGUGAAAAAUAAUAUUAAAAAAACCAAUGGUGCGAUAUGUGUCGUCGAUCUUAUGGAUGUGCUUGUUUCAAUGUAUUGCCUAAAUUCUGAUAUUAUUUGUGUUUUCAUGCCGGAUUCUUGCCGCGACGAAGCGUCGUAAUGCCACAAGCCUAUCUAACGGAUUAGAUAGGUUAGCGGCACUAAAGACAUAUCAAAGCAAUCAACGUCAUCACAAACAAAACAUCCACGCUCAUGUACCAUUUAUAGUCUUUAGUAACAAAAUCCAAUGUAAGACUGCAUUCAUUAUUCUAAAAUAUGUCGAUAUUCCUUUGAUCCAAAUUUGAGUUAAGCUGUUUCUGUAUAAAACUUCUAAAACAAGCAAAAGAUUCGAAAAUAUAUCAAGAUCCAGAGAUAUUUUUUUCGUCUGUCAAUUGUCAGAUGAAAAAAUGUCACCAUUACUGAGUCCACUAAAUGCUGUUUAUGUCAAAAUUAUGUCUGAAUGAACCUUUAUUAAAUGAAUGCAGUCGUUUAAAGGUUGUAAUAUUAGAAUAUCUUGGUGAAUGUUAAGGAAUCAUUAGGUUUAGACACCUGUGAUAUACAUUUAAAUCACGUGCGUUUGAAUGCUUGUAUGUCCCCAGUGUGUGUUCGACGACAUGACCUUUUUAUCCAAAGGAAUUGUAUGCAGAGGUGAUUUUUAAACGAGUAUUUAUUGAUUGCAUAUGUUGUGAUUAUAUAAUCUGUGCUUUUAUGAAGACGUACAAUUGACAAUUUGUGUAAUGUCAAAUUAAGCAAUCUAAUGUUCGAAAUUUAAAUUUUGGUAGAUCUUGUUCAAAUAUGAAUUUGUUAUUCGAAAUUCAAAUUUCGAUUUUUUAGAUUGUCUAUUUAGUAUUAUCUAUUAUUAGUGGUAAUUUAAAUUGAGCACUUUUUAAUUAUGACAAAAAACUAAUUUCUUUCUACCGUUGACCAUUUUAAUCUCACAGUACAUCUUGUUUAAUCACCUCUGUAAGUUGUAUCGUCGAAGUAAUUCCGCAACCAAAAAUCGAUCAGUAUUUUUAUUAACUCUCCUUUCGGUGCGGUUUUACCAAUUUUUUGUUUCGUUGCUCGUUGCGUUUAAGUUACGACGCCUGUGUAAUAUUUUAUCUUCUGCCAAAACAAAAGAAUGUGUCAUGUAAAUAGAACUACCAUUAUUUAUUAAUACAAUAAUUUAAAAGAC